AGAAACUUGUUCUGGCUCAAGUUCUGGACUGGAGGAAUUCGCGUCCGGAAGUGAGGGCGCCCCUUUCCGCAGAGACAAUGCAAUAGAUGUUUCUCGGAACUUCCUGUUAGGAGCCGGAAGGCGGUGGGCCGGGGCAGCCGAAGAGCCUAGGAAACUUCAGUCAGUACGGAUUGCUUCACUGGAUUCUGCAGUGAGUGGUGGGACCUUGGUCACGGGGCGCGGGGAUUGACUACAAUUCCCAUAGUGCUUCUCGAGGUUGUCUAGGGGUCGGGUAACCGGCCAAUGGCUAGAGUAGCUAGAGAAACUACUACUCCCACUGUGCCUUACGUUCGACUUUAGGGUUUCCUGGGCCAGGGCCAGCGCGGUGCAUCUUGGAAUCCGUAGUCUCCAUGGCUUUACACCAGCAUCCUACCUGGGAGUUUCCUGCUUUACUGUCUCCUCACUCCUUGGCUAACCUGUCCAGGUGCGGGUGACACCGGUCUCUCUAUUUCAGCCAGGUCCCUAGUGGCUGCGAGGAUCGUCUCGGGGGACAGCUUUUGCCCCCCCCUCCCCGAGCCCUUAGGACCAUUUCGGCACCUCGGGAUAUGGCCCUGACGGUGGAGACUGAGUCGCGCAUCUACCGGGGCCUGCGCACCGCCUCGGGGGCUGCUGCCCAUCUUGUAGCCCUCGGCUUCACGAUCUUCGUGGCUGUAUUAGCUCGGCCCGGCUCCAGUCUCUUCUCCUGGCACCCGGUGCUUAUGUCUCUUGCGUUCUCCUUCCUGAUGACAGAAGCGCUGCUGGUCUUCUCUCCAGAGAGUUCCUUGUUACGAUCCUUCUCUCGAAAAGGUCGGGCACGAUGCCAUUGGGCACUUCAACUGCUGGCCCUGCUGUGUGCCCUGCUGGGCUUGGGCCUGAUUAUCUACAAUAAAGAGCAGCACGGCAAAGCUCACCUGGCUACAUGGCAUGGGUGGGCAGGGCUGCUGUCAGUGCUGUGGGCUGGGCUGCAGUGCACAGGCGGGCUGGUGCUGCUAUGCCCCAAAUUGCUACCACGAUGGCCGUUAGCCAAGCUGAAGCUGUACCAUGCCACCUCAGGCCUGGUGGGCUACCUCCUGGGCAGUACUAGCCUCCUCUUGGGCAUGUGCUCCCUCUGGUUUACCACCACACUGGUUGGUGCUUCCUGGUACCUGGCUGCCCUCUGUCCCAUUCUUACUAGCCUGGUGGUCAUGAAUCAGGUGAGCAAUGCCUACUUGUACCGCAAAAGGAUCCAGCCAUGAAGGAGACAGCAUCCAUGUGCCCCAUCUCUCCCUACUGCAGUAGCCCUGCAUUCCGCCCAGAAAAGCUGCUCACAGUGCUGCUAGGAUUAUCUUGGCUCUCCUGAUAUGAGCAGGCCUGGGUCAUACAUUGUCCCUUUGGGGGACAGGUGGAAGAGAUGUAUGUGGAGCAAGGAAAGGUGCUCUGUGCCCCACAUACAGACUCCUUUCUCUGCAUCUUCUUGCCAUCUGUGAAGGGGCAUGUGUACAUGUGGAUGGACUGCUGGCACCCUAUCCUGCCUCUUCUGCUUCUUUUAUACUCUUAUCAGUGUUAGCAAAAAUUUUUUUAAAAGUGCCCAUGGAAAGGAAGAACUCUGAGCCAGAGCUGAUUCUUGCAGGUACCGUUCUUCGUACUACCCUUGUGAAGAAACAGGUUGGGUCAGCUGAAGCACUGUUUUGUCAGGGGUAGCAGUGGAGUUUGGAUGGAUUUUGUUACCAGUCAGGCCUUGGCUCUUGAGGGUGGAGCAGCUUCCCCUUGUUUGCAAGUCAGGAAGGCCUGAGGAGAACCUGCCAUUUCCCAGGGAGCAGGGAUGGUGGGAGGGUAAGGCCAAGGAGUUAAAGCUGUGUUCUUGUACUUCCUAUAAAGCUCUUCUAUCUA